AUGGCAAGUUCUGCUGAACCAUCAUCUUCUAUAAGCUUUACUUCAACUUCCAACACGUCGAAUGGGUCCAUUGGCAUAGGCCAAAACACAUGUGCCUGUGGUGGAUCUGAGACAGGGAGUAGUUAUGAAAUCAUCAGCUUAAGUAAACUCAGUAAUAAUUUAGAGCAACUAUUGUUAGAUUCCAGCUCUGAGUUUAGUGAUGCUGAGAUUGUUGUUGAGGGUGUUUCACUCGGUGUUCAUCGUUGUAUAUUAGCUGCGAGGAGUAGUUUUUUUAGGGAUCUUUUUAGGAAAAGAAACGGAAAUUGUGGAAAGGAAGGUAAGCCAAGUUACUCUAUGAUUGAUAUAUUGCCUUGUGGUAAGGUUGGAUAUGAGGCUUUCCUUACUUUCUUAAGCUAUUUGUACUCGGGAAAAUUGAAGCAUUUCCCUCCAGAGGCAUCAACGUGUGUCAACAGUUUAUGUUCCCAUGACUCUUGCAGACCAGCAAUCAACUUUCAUGUUGAGUUGAUGUAUGCCUCUUUUGUCUUUCAGGUUCCAGAGCUGGUGUCACUUUUUCUGCGACACCUAUUCAGUUUUGUUGGCAAGGCUCUUGUGGAAGAUGUUAUCCCAAUACUUGGAGUUGCUUUCCAUUGCCAAAUGAGUGAGCUUCUCACUCAUUGCGUUGAUAGAGUAGCGCGAUCAGAUCUUGAAAGCACAUGUAUUGAGAAGGAGGUUCCCUUUAAAGUUGCAGAGAGUAUUAAGUUAUCGCGGCUGAAAUGUCAGGGUGAUGAAAGUAUGGUUCUAACCGUGGAUCCGUUGCAUGAAAAGAGAAAAAAUAGGAUAUACAAGGCAUUGGAUUCGGAUGAUGUUGAACUUGUCAAGCUUUUACUUAAUGAGUCUGACAUAAGUUUAGAUGGAGCCUACGCUCUUCAUUAUGCUGUUGCAUAUUGUGACCCCAAGGUUGUUGCUGAGGUUCUUGGACUGGGUGUUGCUAAUGUCAACCUUCGGAAUGCACGUGGUUACACUGUGCUUCACAUUGCUGCCAUGCGUAAGGAACCCUCAAUCAUUGUAUCACUUUUAACUAAGGGAGCUCAUGCAUCAGAAAUUACAUUGGAUGGGCAGAGUGCUGUUAGUCUCUGUAGGAGGCUGACUAGGCCUAAGGAGUACCAUGCAAAAACAGAACAAGGGCAGGAAGCAAACAAAGAUCGGGUAUGUAUUGAUGUUUUGGAGAGAGAGAUGCGUCGCAACCCAAUGACUGGAGAUGCAUUAUUUUCUUCCCCCAUGUUGGCCGAUGAUCUGCCGAUGAAACUGCUCUACCUGGAAAACAGAGUGGCAUUUGCACGAUUAUUGUUCCCUCUUGAAGCCAAACUAGCCAUGGAAAUUGCAACUGCUGAAACAACAGCUGAAUUCGCGGAUCAUUUGGCAUCUAAAGCUUCAUCUGGAAUUUUGAGGGAGGUUGAUCUGAAUGAGACACCCAUAAUGCAGAAAGAAAGACUCUCGAAGACAGUUGAGCUGGGCAAAUGCUACUUUCCUCAUUGCUCCGAAGUUCUGGAUAAGUUUAUGGAGGAUGACUUACCAGACUUAUUUUUCCUUGAAAAGGGCACUCCAGAGGAACAAAAGAUCAAGCGGAGGCGAUUUAAGGAGCUCAAAGAUGAUGUUCAAAGGGCAUUUAAUAAAGACAAGGCUGGACUUCACCGCUCUGGCUCGUCUUCCUCAUCAUCUUCCACAACUUUUAACGACGGUGCAAGUGUCAAAGCUAGGAACCUAUGA